AUGGAUUUAGUUUCUAAGCUCCCGCAGCAACAUGUCUGUAAGGAGGAGGAGGUUCUCUCUGACCAGCAGCUCAACAUGCCAGUUAUAACCUCUGUAGAAUCAGAAGCAAACCGUGACCACCAGCUCCUCUCUCACAACUCUCAUAGAGCUGAGAGCCAAGACCAGAAAGGAGGCCAGCAUGGAGACUCAGGAUCAACUAGAAAUGCAGAGCCAGAACCAAAGAAGAGACGACGCAAGAGCAGAAGUCCCAGCAACAACGUAGACAACACUAACAUGUCAGAGGUUCACUCUAAUACUCAAACAGAGCUCCCACAGCAACAUGUCUGUAAGGAGGAGGAGGUUCUCUCUGACCAGCAGCUCAACAUGCCAGUUAUAACCUCUGUGGAAUCAGAAGCAAACCGUGACCACCACCUCCUCUCUCACAACUCUCAUGGAGCUGAGAGCCAAGACCAGAAAGGAGGCCAGCAUGGAGACUCAGGAUCAACUAGAAAUGCAGAGCCAGAACCAAAGAAGAGACGACGCAAGAGCAGAAGUCACAGCAACAACGUAGACAACACUAACGUAUCAGAGGUUCACUCUAAUACUCAAACAGAGCUCCCACAGCAACAUGUCUGUAAGGAGGAGGAGGUUCUCUCUGACCAGCAGCUCUGUAUUCAGGUGAGGAACUCCAGUCUGGACCGAGAGGACCCAGAGCCUCCACAGAUUAAAGAGGACCUGUGCACCAGUCAGGAGGGAGAGCAGCUUGUCCAGAAGCAGGAGACUGACACCUUUAUGUUGACUCCUACUUAUGAGGAAAGGGACCACAGUGAAGGUCAGACUCUGAACUUAAACCCUGAUGAUGACACUCUAAAUGCAGCAGAGAAAGAGUCUUUAGCCAACAUGCCAGUUAUAACCUCUGUGGAAUCAGAAGCAAACGGUGACCACCAGCUCCUCUCUCACAACUCUCAUGGAGCUGAGAGCCAGGACCAGAAAGGAGGCCAGCAUGGAGACUCAGGAUCAGCUAGAAAUGCAGAGCCAGAAUCAAAGAAGAGACGACGCAAGAGCAGAAGUCACAGCAACAACGUAGACAACACUAACAUGUCAGAGACAGAGCUCCCACAGCAACAUGUCUGUGAGGAGGAGGAGGUUCUCUCUGACCAGCAGCUCAACAUGCCAGUUAUAACCUCUGUGGAAUCAGAAGCAAACCGUGACCACCAGCUCCUCUCUCACAACUCUCAUGGAGCUGAGAGCCAAGAUCAGAAAGGAGGCCAGCAUGGAGACUCAGGAUCAACUAGAAAUGCAGAGCCAGAACCAAAGAAGAGACGACGCAAGAGCAGAAGUCACAGCAACAACGUAGACAACACUAACAUGUCAGAGACAGACGUCCAGAAGCUGUCGGUGGUUAAAGCAGAGGUUCCCCCUGAGCAGCAGGGGUGGAGCUCCAGUCUGGACCAGGAGCACCCAGACCCCCCACACAUUAAAGAGGAACAGAAGCAACUCUGGACUAGUCAAGAGGGAGAGCAGCUUCAAGGGCUGGAGGAGGCUGAUAUCAAGUUCCCGUUCACUACUGUCCCUGUGAAGAGUGAAGAAGAUGAUGAAGAGAAAGCUCAGUCCUCUCAGCUUCAUGAAAGCCAAACUGAGGAGAACAGAGAGGCAGAGAGAACAGGAUUUGAUGGAGAGGACUGUGGGGGACCAGAACCAGCCAGGAACUCAGAUCCAGAUAGUCCUUUACAACCAGCUACUCAUGACAAGACUUCAGACUCCUCUGAAUCUGAAUUUGAGACUGAUGAUGCAGACUGGGAGGAGACUAGGGAACCUCAGACAGGUUUAAACCCUCUGCCAAACAAUGAAGAACCUAAACGGAGAGGAAGAGGAGUCAAACGUCACCGCUGUCAGCACUGUGACAAAUCCUUCACAACAUCAAGAUAUUUAAAGAUUCAUCAGAGAGCUCACACUGCCGUUCAGCUGUGA